AGCGAGCGACAGCAGCGCAACUGAGCAAGUUACCGCCCCCGUUGUCAGGCACAGCGCGUUUACAGCAGUCCGCUGCGUCCUUUCGCGUCCCUCGGCCCGGCUCCACCAUCCGUUGUGCCCUGCUACGCGCGUCGCGGAUUCCGUUCCGACCGUCACAGAUUUCAGCGGAGUCCGUCGUUGGCCCAGCUGUGGAUUUGGUCGUUGAAAUUCGCGUUAUUUUCACGCUAUUCUAACGCGCAGCGGUUCCUCACCAGCAAUGUCGGACUUGACAGCCGCAGCGGCAGCGCGAGUGGUGGCGGCAGAGGCGGCGGGAAUCACGCUGUCGGCUGAAGUGAGGUCUGCGUUGCUCGCAGGACGGCCUGUGGUGGCGUUGGAAUCGACCAUCAUCUGCCACGGCAUGCCUUAUCCACAGAAUUUGCGGGCAGCAGAGGGGGUGGAGGAUAUUAUUCGGAAGGAGGGGGCUGUGCCGGCUACUAUUGCUAUCAUUGACGGGCAACCAUGCAUAGGUGUGACCGCCUCUCAGCUGCACCAACUGGCACGAGACGGCCAUGCUGCUGUGAAGACUGCGAGGAGGGACAUGGCUCUGGUGGUGUCUCGAGGGCUCACAGGCGCCACCACUGUGUCUGCCACCAUGCUGCUAGCCCAUAAGGUGGGCAUCUCUGUGUUCGUGACGGGCGGCAUAGGCGGCGUGCACAGAGGGGGAGAGAGCACGAUGGACAUUUCCUCGGAUCUAACAGAGCUUGGUCGCACGCCAGUGGCAGUGGUGUGUGCCGGAGUGAAGUCGGUGCUCGACAUACCGCGCACUCUAGAGUACCUGGAGACGCAGGGAGUGACAGUGGUGGUGUACGGUUCCAAGGACUUCCCAGCGUUCUUCACUACCACAUCUGGUUGCCCUGCACCCGCCACACUCAGCGACCCUGCCAGCUGUGCUGCUCUCAUUGACGCCAACCACCGCUUGCAGCUCAACAGCGGCAUGGUGAUUGCAGUGCCGGUACCGGCACAGCAGGCAGCAAAAGCAGCGCAAGUGGAGGCAGCAACGCAGCAGGCACUCAGAGAAGCAGAUGUGCAGGCCAUCAAGGGAGCACAGAUCACACCAUUCGUCCUCAAGCGAAUAAAGGAGCUCACUGGAGGGGCGUCACUCGCUGCAAACAUAGCUCUAGUGAAAAAUAACGCUCGUGUGGGUGCCCAAAUAGCCAGGGCUCUCGCACAGAGGAGAACGACCAGCGUUUCGAAACUUUAGAUGCCUUGGUCACAUCACAUCUGCGAAGCUCGCGACAGAGACAAGCGAAGUUCAUGGUCUUGUUACGGUAUGCUCAAUACAGAAUAUGAUUGACAAGUCUUUGUAGAUAUGUUAUCUGUAUUAGUUACACACCCAGCAAGUUGCAGUAGGACACGCGUUGCACUAUCUAGGGUGAAAUGUACUUGCUAAGUUCUAGAAGGAAGUCCUUUCUUUUAGGAGUGGGUCACAUUUUUAUUCGUCGUAACACUAGCGGGUUGGUUUUGGACUG